AUGAGUUGGGAUCAACAGGCAUUCAGCUUUGGGAAUCCAAACGCCCAACCUCCAACCCCUACACAGACUCCGACUUCUGCCCACUUCCCGAGCCCAACGUUCCAAACGCCCAGGAACAACAAUUCGAGUUUUGAGGAUAGGAGCGGUUGGACGCCCCAAUUUGCAGAGGAAUAUUCAGUCUUCCACUCGACGCCGGGUCGCUUGACAAGCUCGCAACAUCCUUCUUUCGUUGAUGUUGACAUUGGCACACCUUUGAAUACCACAGGCCAAAGGCGACCACUUUCUAGUGCGGGAGAUAUCAACGCUGAAAUCGCAACUCAUGUUCAUCACCUUUCGCCCAAUCCAAAUUUACCCCUCGCCCCCGUCGAUCCAUCAAACCAAUUACCAUCGUCCCCUGGACUAUAUCCACCUUCAACCGCCCGCAAUCGAUUCGAUGACAGCACAAAGAAGAAGGUGACCCCAAGAAGGCCGAGGAAACGUUUGGAAGAAGCUUUUAGCGGACAGACAGCUACUCCUCCAGCAACGGCAUCCAAAGGGUCAAGGAAACUGGCGCCGAAACUUCAGACCAACACUAUGCAGAAUGAUUCUCAGGAAGGCCACUAUGGCUCUUCCCAAACACCAACACAGCAGUCCAACAUGAUGCCAUUUCCUUCAACCUCGGCAGAAUUCUUCUAUCCAAUGUCUGCCCCUGCGACAGCCCCUGUAUUCACUAAUACCAAACCUUUUUGGGAGGGGGAUACUAGCAUGGGCGGCAUGGAUAUGGACUUCGCUGCUGACGACGGCGGCAUGUUUAACACAAGUUCUUCCCACAAAGCCAGCACCUCUUUCGAUUGGGGGCGAAGUAAUCAGAUGUUCCAGGAGACAGUGAAUAUGUCGUCGAGCCAGCGACUACCACAGCAAAAGGUUAUCUCCACAGCCUCUGCUGGCAAGCGUCAAAGGGCCUUGGCCCCAAAGAUCUCGGUGCCAGAGCAACAGCAGCAACAGCAGCCACUAACGUCUUUGCCGCCAUUUGAGUUUAGCACGUCUCACGCUUCAGAAGAUCCCUUUUCUGCUGUGACACUUGACGGUGCAGUGGAUCCAGGGCUUCUUUUCAGCCGCCACAACUCCGUAAGUAUGCCUUCGGAAUUCGAAGACGUUUCCCUGCCACCUACACGCCCUGUCACAAGUCAUAUGCCUCUAGAACCUUAUUCGCACCAAUUAAGAGAGGCUUCUAGAGAUCGAGAAGAGCUCCUUAUGUCUCGCACAUCUCGAGAUAUGAGGCAGGGCCGUCGCUAUGAAAGAGGGACCAUGAGCUCGCCAGUCAAAGGAUCGGCGCGUCCAGGCCUCCAACGCAGCGUCAGUGAUACUAGGGGUAAGAGGGUUCAAGACCGAGUCAGACCUCGUACGGGUCGUUCUUCUCCAGUAAAGCAACAACGCCCGUCCAGCCUUACCUCAAUUCCCGAGCUACCUGCUCCCCGAGCUCGAAUGGAAGUUAAGUUUACGAUAGAUGCCAAGGGAAGAGCUAGAACAGAAACUGUGACGAUUCAAGAAGAGCCAAGGACAACUCCAGGAGGCCCAUCAACUAAGAGCGAGGAGUUCUACUCCUCACUAGACGACUCCUCCUCGGACGAUGAGCCAAUCCUAAUACCAAGUCGAAACACGUCGUUCACAGCUGCACCGCCAUCCAAGGGCCCCAAACUUGCUAGAUUUGAGACUUCGAAUCGCGGUCUUAAUGCAAGGAGACAUAGCAGCAGUGGCUAUAGUCAGUCCGAGUCUUCAAGCCAGCAAUCUUUGCAUCAUGAUGAAAGCGAGGCAGAAACCGUGAUGGAUGAUGAUGAGGGUUUGGGAGAUGCAACGCGGGAGCUGCGGAAAGUGAUGGAAGACAGGAAGAAGAUCCAAAUGACGAAGAUUCGUAAUCCUCAACAUCACCGUUAUUCGUCCAACCAUCCGCGUCGCAGCUCGCAAUACGCGAGCUUUGGCUCUUCCACCAAUCUUUCGCCAACGACAAUUACGGAUCCUGAUGGGACUACACCUAGCUCGAGAAGUGGCGCUACGAGAUGCGUGUGCAAUAAGCCUGAUAGUGACGGCUUCAUGAUUCAGUGGUAUGUGUUCGUUCCUAUUGCUCAAGAUGAACCCCACUUACUGACGUUUCCAAGCGAAUCCUGUGACAAUUGGCUCCACGCUGAAUGUGUUGGCAUUGACCGCCGGAGUCUUCCUCCUGUCUACGUUUGCGCAUUCUGUGCCAAUACUCCAAAUAUGAGAGGUGGCCGUAUUCGAGAUUCGGCACGAGGAAUCACCCACGUAGGCUCUUCGCCAUUAGCCCACAAAUCCUUCAAAUCAUUUCGAUAA